UUGGCCGUGCCCAACAUGCCUGCUGCUGCUGCUGUGUCGUUUGGAGAUGCAGGCCCCCGCAAAAAACGCGGCACGGGUGUGUAUUCGACCGCUUCGAGUGAAAAGAGGAGAGGUCAAUUGCGCGACCGGUGUCGCCCCUGUGCCUUUUAGAGUUGUGGUUCGUGCUGAGAGUGUCGGUGGGAUAAAAGCAGCACCACAGUGCCACAACCAGACGUGUGGAGAGCGUCAACAGGAAAUGGCCUCUUGCGACGUUCCAGUUCAUCUAGGCAGCGCAGCGCUUUCGAGAUGCCGCCGUGACGAUGAUGAUCGAGGACCGGCGGGGAGCUUUUCCUCCAGCAACACAGCGGGUUCACCAGCAAAGUUGGCGGUGAGAGGUCGAUACGAUGAGCGAUCGGUGUCCGAAUCACCUCCUGGCUUCGGUAUAGAAAGAGACGACGAUGACGAUGAGGUUGCCGUUGCCAGGCGGUUUCCGAGGGAACAAGACGACGUGAGCAGCAGCGCGAAGACGUCUGGCAACAUCACCAGACUGACCGAUCAUGCCAACGGCAAUUUUCGAAGCCACACGGGCGACAUGGCCGGAGACAGUGGUAACGAUAGCCAGGCCGUCAGCGCAAUAGCCCUCCUAUUGCUUGCGGCUUCGCCUCCUUCACGAAGCAGGCGUCCUGCGGCGUCCGGGCCGGCCGGAGACGGUGCUGCAGCAGGUGCAAUGCACCACGGGACCGGCAACAGUACGUCAAGGUGCACCGCCACCGUACAAGCUGCUUUGGCCGUGCCCAGUGCCUCCGUGUCCAAUACUUCCAGCGUUCAAGAAGGGUGGCGGGUGUCAUCGCACCCAGCUCCCGGGAUGAUCUCCACCUACACCAGCAACUCCUACCUCGGCGUUGUCAGCCGAGGUGGCGAUGGCAGUGGCGAAAGGUGGGCUGGCGUUGACAGCCGCUGGGCUGGAGGUGGUGGUGGUCGAGGGGAAGGAGGAGGAGGAGGAGAGCGAGGAUACCCUGUCUUAAAACUUGACGAAGACGAUAGCAAGUGUGGAAGGACAAGCGGUGGCUGGGCUACGCCGAGUCGAGCUCGAGCACCAUUGACUUCUUCCUCUCUCGCUCCCUUCUCUGCGAACGGCCCUUUACCUUCGGCACCAGCUGUCUCCCGUAGGGGGGAGCGGUGGGCGAGGAGUGUCCCCUACAGUGGCGACGAGUUUGGUUCAGUCGUCAUGCCCGAAGGAACAGCAGGUCAACAAUACUCGUCGAAGCACAGCCAUGAAUUUCCGGGUGACGGUGGCGACGACGGUUCUUACCGGAGCCGCUACGCUGCAUCGUCCCUGGCAUCAUCUCAGGCGGGCGGAGGCGAAGGCGGCGGUGGCGGUGGCCACCAGUACGGUGACGAUCGUGGUGAAGGGCGAAGGGAAGCUUCUACCCACACGAGGGGCGGCGUGUUGCGGAUUCAGUCAGCGCGGAAGCGGGACGAAGCCACAAUGACAGCCCCAGUACCCAUGCGCAUGCGCAGCCCGCUGAGAUCCCCCUCGCCGCCGAGAGCAGCCGGGAGGAAGAAGCCGGACGGCUACCGCGCUAACACGUGGGAAAAAGUAGGCCGAGGGCAGUGCACGUCGCCCAUUGGCCCAAGCCGCGGCAGUGGCUGGAGCAAGCGGUGGGUUCCCGACAGCCCUGGUGCCGGUUGUAAGGCCGGUGGCACACCAGCGUCGAACGGCAAGAGAGGCCGCGGAAGGGACACCGGCAGCGCCAGCUGCUACGAUGAACGAAUCGUCGCUGGUCGAGGAGACCACGCAGAGUUUUCCCCCGGUGGCGCAGGCUCGCACCAACGGCAGCAUCCAUCGAGGGUACGCGAGCACGGCCGGUCACCGUGGCCCCUGAAGAUACCGGGCAUCGCCGCCGAUCAACAAGUCGAUGCCGCUACCGAGCAAGAGAGUCAGAAACGAGAGGAGGUAGAGCCUGCUUUCGCCACUGGGGCCGCCGCCGGCGGUGGGCAAUGGAGAAACGAACGCGGUGCGGCCAAGGAGGCCGCGGUGGAGCUUGGAAGCGGCGAACCUCGGACUUUGAAGAGACGACGGGCCGUCGGCGCUCGAAAGGUGUCCAAAAAUGGAAACUCUAAGGUGCAGCAGAGGUGUGACAGGUGUCCACCUUGGCCAGUAGACGGCGUAGGUUCCGACGUAUUGAGCUUCUGCCCCCACAUGAUACCCUCGGUCGCGGGGAGCCGGCGACCUUUGGCGAUGGACUUGAACAUGGAAGGUUCCGUUGAGGCUUUCGUCGCGGCCCCGGCAAGGAACAGAGGUGUCGCCACGGCCGCCUCCGGUCGACCCUCUCCCCGGAAGAAGAGCAAGAACCUCGUGUGGUCUCAGUUCAGGAAGGCGUGCGACCGCUGCACAGACAAGAAGGUGCGAUGCGACGGGAGCAACCCUACCGGAGGGUUCAAGGCCUGCACGCCUUGCAAGAGGGCAGGAGAGGCGUGUCUCUUCGGGAUCUGCCGUCGCUCGGGACCCAGGGACGCGCACGGACACAAGACAGCCGCCGCGGGCGUCAUCAUGAAGAGGAACGACUUCGAGAAGGUUACCGAACGGCUCGGCCAGUGCCGCACGAAGACGUGCCGAUUCGUCAACAAGGACGGCUCCUUCUGGCGGGAGCACUUCCACUGCAGGGUCGGCGACUGCUCCUUCGCCGGAAAGACCUUGUGCCAUUGCGUCCGCCGUUCGGGCUUUCGCGGUGCAGACUUCCGCUCCACUGCUGGAGAUGAUUUCUCAGGCUGCUACUCGACUGCGGUCGUUUAG